UUUGUGCAAAACAUUCGACAUGAAUCCUUACGUCUACGGAAGAGAAUCACCGUCGAUACAAGCAAGGCCUAUUUUGCAUAUUAAACAUGAAAUUGGAUUAGCUAGCGUGUGUACCAAUUGCUACUAGCUAAUUGAGCUAGCCAGUUAGCAUGAAUAUUUCGGCAAGUAUCCAUUUUUGGUAACAAAAACCCGUUGCACGCUUCAUAGACGUUACCUUCCUUGUCGGCCAUUGUAGCUAACUUCAGCAGAUAAAAGUCCACUGAUGAAAGUUAUACAGACAGUCUCAAGACGGAAAGCUUUGUCUCAGGCUGUCUUGCAGUGCCGUGUUGAGCGACCCGAGCUAACCGGAGCUAAACUCGCUACUUGGCGGAGCGACGUGGGCGCAUUCGCGCGCUUGGUACAAAGGAGGGGGUGUCCUGCAACCAAUCAGAUGACAGAACGCUCCUGUGACCACGGGGUCUCGACGCCUGCCGUUCAACAACUGUGCCACAGGAGGGCAGACGAGGCGUUUACAUACCACAACAAACAUGGAGUGUAAUGUUGUCCUAUUGGACCAUAAGGACUGGACGAGACAGUAAGCUCUUUCCUCAUUGGGCGAUUCUGAAGCGGGGUAUUUGGAGUUCAAGAUGUGCCUCUCCUGAGUCUUGACCAUAUAUUUAAUAUCCUGACAGCUCAAGACCCGAUAUUAUAACCUCCGAAAACAUGUAAAGUACACCCUUCCUUCGCAGUGUCUUAUUUUGCAUCAAACAAUUCACAUUAACGUUAUUCAACACUAUGUCUAGAUCAGACACAUCAAGGGUACUUGACAUUCUGAAGUCACUUUACCAGCAUGUGCAAACACUUAAUCAGUUUGCAGACACCAUCGUAUUUAGAGAAGGGCAGAAAGCAUCGCUCAUUGAAGGAUCCGACACAGCACGCUUCAAGUCAUUCGUCGGGGGUAUUUUUGUGUGCACUGAUCAACAGUUGCAACAACUGCCAAGCCGAAACGAGGGCAUGGAUCUCAGGGUUAUGAGUAUUUCACAUCAUCUCAAUGUGAAAAGAAGUACAACAAAUCAGCAAAACGUCAAAUCAGAUAAUAGCAGCGUUACUAUUCGAACCUUGGAUAGUCCACCUCUAGAGUUAUUAGUGUCUGACUCAACGUACCUGACUCAACAUUAUCUACUAUGUGUGUGUUCUCAUACGACCCCCCUACAGAUCUGCACACUCCCCGAGCUACUGGCUUUUGUUUUGAACACUGUGAAGAGGAAGAAGAAAAGAAAUGUGCUGGCGCACGGCUACGGGUUCCUCUCCCUGGCCCAAGAGGACCGUGACGCGGACCAGUUCAAGUUCCAAAGCGACGUCACUCAAAGUGCCGCUUACAUCCACGGCAGCGAUCUGUGGAAGAAAGUCUCCCACCGUCUCGGCACGGACAUGACCCGAUACCUGCUGGAGAGCUGCGCCGUGUUCGUGGCGGUGCCCCCCUCCUGCGUGUUCCAGGUGUGUGGCGUGCCCGUGUACGACCGGGUGUCGGUCAUGACCAGCCGCGCUGGCGUCUUCCUCCGGACCAAAUCCAGGGCUGACCCGGGUAACCGUCAGCGGGAUCGCCGCCCCCCGGUGUGCCAGAUUAGAAAACGAGGGGCUGGUUAUAAAACCAACAGGAAUAGGGGCAGGGCUAGGGAUGGUAAUCAAAGGAAGAGGAAAAGCUCUGGCCGGACGGAUGGUAUGGGUCGGGCCGCAAAGAGGACAAGAAUGGAUUGGGCCAAGCAGGAGAUACCGCAGAGUGGCGUUGAUGCAGGGGGUAAUGUUCUUCCUAGCUCAGUGGAAGCAUCCAAGGUGCCAGCAGAAGGGUGUAGUGCUGAUUCUAAAAGGCAGGUCAUAGUGUCGAAAACCUCUCUUCCUUUGGAAGGAGGGCCAAGUUGGAGAUCGGGAUUCUCUCCAACUCUCCCACCAUCCCACUGCUUCAUCCGAACCUUGGGAAUGCUGUACGGCGGGAAGGGGAUGCGUGGAUUCCUUCUAAACAGGAAGACGAAGAGCCGUACAGAGGUGAAGCAGAGGCUUCAGGGGCGGGACCUGGUCAGGAUUGUGUUCUUUGAGGGCGUGGCCUAUCUCAACGGAGUGGAGAAGAAGCCAAGGAAACUGCCCCGGCGCUUCUUCAACAUGGUGCCUCUGUUCGACCGGCUGCUGCGGCAGCACAGGGGCUGCCCCUACGGCAGGGUCCUGCAGAGCGCAUGCCCCUUGCGCAUGGAGGAGCUGGGUGUGGAGGCACAGGGGGACCUGAGCUCCCUCCUGCCCCUCACCUGUUCCCCCCAUCAGGUGUUCCUCUUCAUCAGAAAGUGCCUCGCCACCGUGGUGCCCAUGGAGCUGUGGGGGUCCGAAUACAACCGGGGUCGUUUCCUCCUCAGGGUCAGGGGCUUCCUGCGCAGCGGCAAGUUCGAGAGGCUCUCAUUGGCCGAGCUGCUGUGGAAGAUGAGGGUGAGCGAGUGUGAUUGGCUGAAGAUCAGCAAGACGGGUCAUGUCCCCCCCAGCGAGCUGGCCUACCGGACACGCGUGAUUGGUCAAUUCUUGGCGUGGAUGCUGGACGGCUACGUGGUGGGCUUGGUCCGAGCGUGCUUCUACGUCACGGAGAGCAUGGGACAGAAGAACACGCUCCGCUUCUACAGACAGGAGGUGUGGGCCAAGCUGAGGGAGCUGGCCUUCAGAGGGCACGUCUCCAAGGGCCAGCUGGAAGAGCUGACACCCGCCCAGAUGGCCUCCCUGCCGAAAGCCACCGUGGUUUCCCGCCUUCGCUUCAUCCCCAAGGCGGACAGCAUGCGACCGAUCACGCGCGUCGUUAGAUCCGACGUCAAAUCCAGGGUUCAUCAAUCAAACAUGCGUGAGCUGCUGGACGUGCUGGGGGCGUGUGUGCGCUCUGACCCCCCCUUGCUGGGCUUCACUGUGUGGGGGAUGACCGACAUUCACAAGAAGCUCCGCCCCCUGGCGUCCGCUCAGAAGGACCAGCCUCAACGCCUCUACUUUGUUAAGGUGGACGUGAGCGGGGCCUAUGAGAGCCUUCCCCAUGACAAACUCAUUGAGGUGAUUGGCCAGGCCCUGACACCGGUCCUGGAAGACACAUUCGUCAUCCGUCGCUACGCCAAGAUCUGGAGGGACGCCCAUGAAGGCCUGAAGAAGACGUUUACUCGACAGGCAGAUUUCAUGGAAGACAACAUUGGAUCCACAAACAUGAAAGGCUUUGUGAUGAACAUGCAGCGAGAGGGCAAGCUUCAUAACGCUAUACUGGUGGAGCAGCAUUUUUCCUCAGACCUGCAUGGCCGAGAUGCUCUUCAGUUUUUCACUCAAAUGCUUACUGGUGGAGUUGUGAAAUUUGGGAAAAAAACUUUCCGGCAGUGUAGAGGCAUCCCCCAGGGCUCGGUGGUGUCCAGUCUCAUGUGCUGCCUCUGCUACGGUCACAUGGAGAACAACUUAUUCAAAGAUAUUAACUUGAAUGGAGGGUGUCUGAUGAGGUUGGUAGAUGAUUUCCUCCUGAUAACCCCUGACCUGGGUCAAGCACAGACCUUCUUCAAGACUCUGUCAGACGGGGUUCAGGACUAUGGGUUGGUGGUAAACCCACAGAAGGUGGUGGUCAACUUCCAGGUAUCGGAGGAUUCGGGGGCGGGUCCAAACGUGCGCGUGCUGCCUGCUAGCUGCCUCUUCCCCUGGUGCGGACUGCUCCUGGACACGCACACCCUGGAUGUCUUUCAGGACUACUCCAGCUACGCGGGGCUCUCCCUGCGUUACAGCUUCACCCUGGGCUUCUCCCAGCGAGCGGGGUUGCACAUGAAGAAGAAGCUGAUGGGGCUCCUUCGACUCAAGUGCCACGCCCUCUUUCUGGACCUCACGAUAAACUCUGUGGAAGCCGUCUACGGCAGCGUGUACAAGCUGGUGUUGCUUCAAGCAUGGAGGUUCCAUGUGUGCGCCCAGAGUUUGCCCUUUGGACAAACGGUUGCCAAGAAUCCCAAGUGCUUCCUGCUCAUGAUCUGGGACAUGGCUCACUAUGUGAAUCGACUCGUCCGACUCUGCAACAAAGGGGUGAGCCUUGGCACCAGGCACCAGACAGGCGUCCUGCAGAGCGAGGCAGUGGAGCUGCUCUUCUGCCUGGCCUUCAUCCUGGUCAUGUCCCGGCACCGGCCCCAGUACAGAGGCCUGCUCCCUGGCCUACACAAACGGAAGCGGUGUCUGGAGAGGCAGCUGGGGGACAUCCGACUGGCCAGGGUCAGACAGGCCACCAAGCCCGGGAUCCCGCAAGAGUUCCUGGCCAUCCAUCCCUAGAUGACCCCUGCUACAGCUACACCCCCCAGAAAAAGAAAAGAAAAAGUCCAGGUUUCUGCUCCCCCUCAUGCACUCUGAGUCAUCUGAUUUCAUUGCAUAUAGAUUCGGGUUAUCAAAAGCUCUGGAUUUAUUUUUAGCUUAAUAUUGUGGCACAGUAGCAGAAGUACCAAGCGGAUUGUUGUUCUUUGGAGUUUUCCAAAAAUGUUCCCCAUAUAAACAUUAUUUUGUAUUAUUGCGUUUCAACAUCUGUUGGUGGAGCCCACCACAGCAAUAAACUAUUUUAACAACCACUCUAUGAUCAGAUGUUCAAUGAGUCAACAAAACAAUUAACGCAUGCAUGAGAGGACAAAAAAAAUCAUUACUUGGUCUUUAUAACCUCCAGUUGUGAUAGCUAUCAGAAAGCAGAAGGAAAGAUUUUUCUAUCAACUAACCUGCCAAUGAUUAAGUACACUUUUAAUCCUUUCUGUAAAUAAGUUCCCUAUUGUUUCUUUGACACUAUUUUUCGGACCUGUCGUCUUCAUAAGAGAAAAAGGUGACAUGUUUGUGAACCUACUGGGCGGCAGUGGCUUAGGAGGUACAACAGGUUGACUCAUGGCAACCAGUAGUUUCCAGUGAGUGUUGAGGUUUCCCUGAGCAAGACCCCUGACCCUAAUUGCUCCAGACGACCUGGCUGUUUUGCAUGGUUGACAACGCGCAUGUGUGUAAUGCGUGUAUGAAUGGAUGAAUGGGCAAUAAUUGCAAAGGACUUUGAGUGGGCACUGGUUAUAAUAGCGCUACAUGAAUGCGGCCCAUUUACUAUUUUUUUUACUUUAUCAAAACAUUUAUAGUACAGGCCAUUUUUGUUUUAUUUAAUAAAUGUAUAACCUUGCUAAAAAGUUACGAGGAACCGUCUUCCUAUGUUCCAAGGUUCAAACUAAAUAUGGAGGGCUGCCCCU